CUUGAAGCUAAUAAUCUGAAUAGGUCAGAAUUUGAUGAUACAAAUGGAUAUAAAAAUUUACUUUGGUCUUCUAUAUUACAAACCAGACUAGAUGUCCAAGCAAAUAUACUUAGUAAUAAUCAUCUAAAGGAGAUUUUUAUUAAUUCUGAGAAUAAGAUUAACAAUAGUUUUCAAAUAAAAGAAAUAAUUGAUAAUAUUUCAUAUCUUCCAUAUCCACAUAUUACAAUUGAUAAUGGAUCAAACAUUAAAUCUUUUCUAGAAAAAUUGGAGCAAAAAUAUAGCAUUUUUAAAGUUUAUUGUUUUGAUUAUACUUUGCAGCUUGCAAUUAAUAAUGCAUUAAAAGGUUGUCCUAAAAUUACUAACCUAAUAAAAAAAUAUAAAGAUGUUGUAUCUCAUUUUAGUAGAAGUUCAAAGCAAAAACAAUUUCUUUUGAAAGCUCAAAUAGAGAUGAAAAACUGA